AUGUUGUCAACACUGAUUCCAGCAACUCUUAUCUACCUGGCAAGUGGAGUCGCCGCUCAUGGCGGACUCUCCAACUACACUGUCGGCGACACAUGGUAUAGGGGCUAUGACCCUAACGAAGCUGCCGCAGAACAAGAAGGCCAGCCCUGGAUGGUCCAACGCACCUGGGCGAGCAUCGACCCCAUCUUCUCUCCCGACGACCCGGGCCUAGCAUGUAACUCUCCCGCCGCCCCGCCUCCGUCCUACAUCCCCAUCAGCGCGGGAGAAAACCUGACGGCGGUGUACUGGUACUGGCUUCACCCCAUGGGCCCCAUGUCCGUCUGGCUCGCCUCAUGCGGUUCAGAAUCGCCAUAUUCUUGUCAGGAAGCUGAUGUCAACGAGCUGAAGUGGUUCAAGAUUUGGGAGGCGGGAUUGUUGAGCGAAAAUGUGGAGACGGGCAUAUGGUGGCAGAAGCAGUUCCAGAACUGGGACGGUUCGCCGGAUUUGUGGCCUGUGACGAUACCUGAGAACAUAAAGCCGGGGUUUUAUAUGGUGCGGCAUGAGAUUUUGAGUAUACAUGUUGCGGGCAAGCCGCAGUGGUACCCGGAGUGUGCGCAUUUGAAUAUUAGUGGGACUGGGACGGCAGUACCAUCGGAGGAGUAUCUGGCGAGGUUUCCAGGGGAGUAUAGUAUGAAUGACCCCUCGAUCAACAUUGACAUUUACAGUGAAGUAAAUCAGAACAUGACGCAUUACACUAUCCCUGGCCCACCAGUGUGGGAUGGGCUUGUUAACUCUGAUCGAAAAGGCGCAGCACUCAGAGUGAGUGAUUAUGUCGAUUAA